AUGCAUCCAGGUAGCACCAUAUCAAGAUUUGAAGAAAGACUACUGGUGGCCAGGCAUGAAGAGAGACAUCGGAGAUGUUGUAACAAGAUGUUUAACAUGUCAACAAAACAGGUAAAAGCAGAACAUCAACUGCCAUCCGGGUUACUUCAUCCAAUAACAGUGCCAACAUGGAAAUGGGAUCAGAUCACGAUGGAUGUUGUUACUGGCUUACCACAGACGCAGCGGAAGCAUGAUGCAGUAUGGGUGAUUGUGGACAGAUUAACUAAGUCCGCACACUUUCUACCAGUUAAGAUGGACUAUUCUCUAGACAAGUUAGCAACUAUUCUCUGGACAAAACUUAGUGAGAAGAAGAUUUUGGGUCCAGAUUUGGUGAGAGACACAGAAGAGAAAGCAGAAAUCAUCAGAAGACGGCUGAAGGAAGCAAGUGAUCGACAGAAAUCCUAUGCGGAUUUAAAGAGAAAAGACAUUGAGUAUUCAGUUGGGGAUAAAGUAUUUUUGAAGGCUUCACCAUGGAAGAAGAUCCUAAGGUUUGGACAAAAGGGUAAGCUAAGCCCUAGGUUCAUUGGUCCAUACGAGAUUGUUGAACGCGUAGGACCAUUAGCCUAUCGCCUAGCAUUACCUCCAACUUUAGAUCGAUUCAUAAUGUCUUUCAUGUAUCAAUGUUAA